GCCGCCGCCGCAGCCGGCGCCGCCAGCGCCCCCGCCUGCGUCCCGGACCAGGUCCGCCGAUCAGCGCGACCGCAGCCGCACGCCCCAGCCGCCGACCCGGCCAGGCGGCGGGGCCGAGGAAGUGAGAGGCAUGGCGGCCGUGCUCGAGGAUCACCAGUCGAAGCAAGACGGCUGGAACCGCCAGGAGUGGGGCGGCGACCGCCAAGAGUGGGGCGGCGGCCGCCGUUGGUCCGGCUCCGGAGAGCAGCGCGCGGGCGGCGGGCGCUUCGAGGGCGGCGGUGGGCUCGGCUGGCGGGCGCGUCAGCCGGCGGCGGGCGACAGGUGGGGCAGUGGCUUCCCGCGCGACCGCAGCGCCUCCCCGAGCGCCGCGGCCUCCUCCGCGUCGGGCGCGGGCCGGAGCCGCGACGGGCGGUGGGGCGGCGGGGGGGACCGCGGCCGCCAAGACUGGGGCCGCGGGGGCCAGCAGCAGCGCUCCAGCUUCCAGCGCGGCUGGGGCCACCAGAGCCAGAGGUGCACACCCUUCGUCAGCGCCAAGAAGUGGCUGAAGAGGGAGAAGGCCCCCAGCGAGUUCUUCUGCAACGUGUGCAACAAGGACCUCAAGCGGCGCGAGCGGUACGAGGAGCACAUAAAGGAGGACCACAUCCCCUGCACGGAGCCAGGGUGCACCUUUUCUGGCCCCGAGCACUCCAUGGCUGCUCACAGGCUGUCGCAUUCCAAGGCGGCGGACGGCAAAAGCGUCCUGGAGUCGCCAGAGGAGAUCAAGGCGUGGAUUGCGGGGCGCCGCGCGAAUUUCCCGAGCAAGGCCAACGCCGAGAAGAAGGCCCUGCAGGAGGAGCGGCGGAUGAUGUCUGGCGCUCUGAUGGACGAGGACGCCAGGCCCAAGCCGGGUAUGAUCGAGAAGCUCCUCCGCAAGCAGUCCAUGGACAGCGGCGGCGACUACGGCAAGGGUUGGGACAAGGGCUGGUCCAAGGGCAAGAAGGGCAAGGGUAAGGGCAAGUUCAUGGACAAGGGCAAGGGCAAAGACAAAGGCAAAAAGGGGAAGAAGGGCAAGGGCAAGGGCAAGGACAAGGGCUACAGUUACCGGCCCGCAGUGUUCGAGGGGGACAGCUGGGGAAGCGCACUUGCAGGUCUUCCUCCACCUGCGGAACACGCCUUGGUCUCCGUACCGAUGCCGUCCAUGCUGGCCAACUGCGUCCCGCUCGAGGCGCCCUUCGGGCACGUGGCCCCACCUCCGGCGCUGGCGCCGACGCGGCGAGCGGGCUCGAAGGGUGUUUGCAAGUACUUCGAGAAGGGCUUCUGCUUCCACGGCGACAGGUGCCAGUACGAUCACGGCCCUGGGCUGCCUGCGCUGCCCAUGCUGAUGGACGCGGGAGCCUCGACCGCUGCCGCGGCGGCAGAGCAGGCCGCGAGGGUCCCCUGGUGGGCCCUGGCGUCGACGCUGGCCAACCGCGCCUGCCGGCCUGGCGAGGGCCCCGCCGGCACGGUGGGCAGCGCGCAGGCGGGCGCGCAGGGCGUACGGGCCACCCGCGUGCCCGGCUGCCACCCGCCGGGGUCGCGCCAGCGGCGCGACGGCCUGCUGAGGCGGCUGCUGAAGGCGGACGUGGACGGUCGGGGCAGCCAGACAUGCAUGGGCACGGGCACAGCGGAGAGUCGCAUGUUCCUGGAGGCACGCUUUUUCCUGCCCCAGGGCCUGCCGCAGAUGCACGGGCACGCGCGCCCUGCCGCGAGCUGGCCGCGCGCCUCGGGUCCCGCCACGGUCGCGCCCCCGUGCCCGCUCGUGGGCACCUAUCGUGGGCGCCCCGUCUGCUGGGGUGGGCUUCCCGAGGUCGCCUCCGGCGCCGCCGCUGUGCUGCAGGAGUUGGGCGUGGAGCCCAUGGAAGCGGUGCAGGUCGCCUCCGGCGCCGCCGCUGUGCUGCAGGAGUUGGGCGUGGAGCCCAUGGAGGUGGAUGAGGACCUCGACGACGCGGACAUCGCGGAGUUGGCGGACGUGCUCGUGUAA